AAGGUACGCUAGAAAUGGUGAAAUAUCUUGUUGAACAGGGCACUGAUGUAAAUGGCCAGGGUACUGACGGGUGGACAGCGCUGCACGCUGCUGUUACAAAAUCAACUCCAGAAGUUGUAAAUUAUCUUGUUGAGAAGGGCGCUGAUGUAAAUGUCAAGAAUACUGACGGGAAGACAGUGCUGCACUCUGCUGUUUCUGACGGUACGCUAGAAAUGGUGAAAUAUCUUGUGGGAAAUGGCGCUGAAUUAAAUGUAAAACAGAAUAAUGGAUGGACAGUGUUGCACAGUGCGGUUAGAAAAGGUUCGCUAGAAAUGGUGGAAUAUCUUGUUGAGAAGGGCGCUGAUGUAAAUGCCAAGGAUACUCACCGGGAGACAGUGCUGCACUCUGCUGUUUCUGAGGGUACGCUAGAAAUGGUGAAAUACCUUGUGGGAAAUGGCGCUGAUGUAAAUGGCAAGAAUAUUCUCGGGAUGACAGUGCUGCACUUUGCUGUUUAUAAAGAUUCGCUAGAAAUGGUGAAAUAUCUUGUUGAGAAGGGCGUUGUUACGCUAGAAAUGGUGAAAUAUCUUGUUGAGAAGGGCGCUGAUGUAAAUGCCAAGGAUACUCACGGGGAGACAGUGCUGCAGCAUGCUGUUUCUGAUGGUACGCUAGAAAUGGUGAAAUAUCUUGUGGGAAAUGGCGCUGAUGUAAAUGGAAAGGAUACUGACGGGUGGACAGUCUUGCGCUAUGCUGUUAGCAAAGGUUCGCUAGAAAUGGCGAAACAUCUUGUUGAAGAAGGCGCCGAAGUAAGUGGAAAGGAUAAUAACGGGUGGACAUUGCUGCACAUUGCUGUUAGAAAAGGUUCGCUAGAAAUGAUAGAAUAUCUUGUUGAAAAUGGCGCUGAUAUAAAUGGCAAGCAUACUGAUGGAUGGACAGUCUUGCACUAUGCCAUUUGGCUAGGUGCUAUUGUAAAAGGUUCGCUAGAAAUGGUGGAAUGUCUUGUUAAGAAGGGCGCUGAUGUAAAUGCCAAGAUUACUCACGGGGAGACAGUGCUGCACUUUGCUGUUUAUGAAGAAGGGCGCUGA